AUGCGGUGUGUUCCGUUGGCCUCUGGUGCUGAUGAUCUAGAGGAGAAGGAGGAAGAGGAGGAGGAAAGUGAUGAAUGUGUUGAGCCUGAGGGUCAGGCUUCGGUGGUGCUCGGGGAGGAGACCCAUGCAGAUGAGAAGGAAAAGGAGGAUCCAAGUGAGCCCCAUGCCACAAUCCUAGGGGAGGAGACCCCUGCAGAUGAAAAGGAAAAGGAGGAUUCAAGUGAGCCCCUUGGUGCAACCCCUGGCAAGGAAACUGUGCACUAUGAUCGUAACGAUGUGCUCCCUGAGUGUCCGGUCAGUAGCGAUGCUCCAGCCAUGACAGCAGCCGAGCAGAUGUCGCUGACAUCCGCCGGAAAGAAGGGUGGACGGGGUAGAGGAAGAGGUCGAGGACGUGGCCGAGGAAAGGCUCGGGGAAGGGGCCACUCUCGUGGCCGUGCACGUAGCAGUGGUGAUGUCCAGGAGGAUGCUGAAAACGAUGAUGGUCAGGACAGUGAGAUUACCUCGAACGAGGAGGAUGAGCCGGAGGUUGAUCCCAUUCCCAGCAAGCCCAAGCCUGGGACACGUGCGAAGAGGAGCCGCGAUGAUUCUGAGCAUGAGGAGGAGGAGGAUGAGGCUUGCAAAAGCAAGAAACCAAAGAAGGAGACACGCAAGCGCAAGCCAAGCCCAACAGCCGCCCCCGAAGCCACAGCAGCAGGCAAGAGAAACACAAACAAGAAUAAAAAGAAAGCUGCCGAACCCAAAGCACGUGCCAAGUCCAAAGCAUCAGCAGCCAAGCCCAAAGCAUCAGCAGCCAAGCCCAAAGCAACAGCCAAGGCUAGUGCAAAGGCCAAAGCCAAAGCAAAGGCCACUGCAAAGGCCAAGGCCACUGCAAAGUCCAAGCCGAAAGCAGGUGCAAGCAACGACGAGACUGAGCGCAAAGCAAGGCUGUCACGUAAGUCGGUGGCAUACCACCGUGCGAUGAAGGAAGGCAAGCAACAGGGAAAAAGUGAUGAAGAUUGCAGGACAAUGGCAAAGGCAGUGUUUGCUGGGGAGGGGGCCGUGACAAAGUAUUGGCAUGAACAAGGCUUCAAAACCGCAUCCUUUGACUGCCUCUACGGGAGCCCCAUGGAUAUUCUAUCCCACGGUGGCUUCGCGCUGGCCAUGUAUGUCAUUAUGUGCCAAGCUCCCGAUGCCAUGAACCUCAUUGCUCCCGACUGUGGUAGCUGGGUGGUCACUACACGUGGUAGAUUCAUCGACAAGAAAGGUGUGCCGCGAUUCUCUGGUGACAGGGAGGCCUUGAGAAAGAGUGGGAGAAGCCUCGACCUUUCACAAAGUGACAAGGAGAUUUUUCUGGGGAUGCCGAUUCCUGAAUCCUGGGAGCCGGUGAUGAUGUCGUUCAAGGAUGUGGCUUUGGGUGACACAACGGGAGCCCUCAACAAGAGCAUCACCACAACAUCAAGCCUCGACUCUUAUGACAGUGCAGUGGAGGAUGCGCAACGCAGGGUGCCGAAGGGUACUUUCGUGACACCGGAGAAGCCACUGCCGGCUGCUGCUGAGGAAGCUGUUCCUGCCCUACCCGCCUCAACUCCCAUGAGUCGAGCCCCGGCCCAAGUGCGAGUGACGCGGAUGCGGCGGUACUUUGAACCCAAGGCAUGCGGCUCCCUCAAGUGCAGUGAGCAAGCCUUGUCGAUGUACAAAUCCGAAGCCGGCCGGGAGCAACUUCGUGAGCUUUUGAAGAAGCACGGGAACUUCAAGGUUCUGGAAAUGAACCUACGCAAAACCCACCUGAAGAAAAAGAAGCUCGCCAAGCACGGUAGCUAUGUGACGAAGUCCUAUCUGAUGGGGCACUGCCACUGGCCCAUGGUGGAGAAAGCAUGGGUCUGGGCACAUGAGCACAAAGUUCUUCGAAAGAACGAAAUCCACGGUGAAGAAGAGGCGAAAUUGGUAUUGUCAGAAGAUUUCGAACUUCUCGACGAAGAGGGCCAGGAGGUGAACAUGUCGGGGACAGUGGAAAUGGAAGACGACAGUGGCUUCCUCCUGCAAGACGAGCUUCCCUCGGUGCACGCCUCCCACGCGGAUGUCUUGGCUGGCAAAGUCGGUGCUGCCUCCGCAAGUUCAGGGGAUGCAGGGAUGACUUUCCCCAGCUUGCAGCAGAACACGUCUCCGUUGGCGAUCCUCUCCGGGCUCAAAGAUCAAAUCAACGAGUCGCUCAAGGCUCUGAAAGUCUUCUUCAAGGAGUUGCAGAACAAACAAGCAGAUGCCAUCAACCGGGCUUUCAACGAUUCCUUGCUCAAGCUCUACGCCAACAUCACAAAGCAAGAUCUUGUGAUGAACAAUCUGACGGUACGUGCCAGGAGCAUCAAGGGUGCAAGAUCUGUUGCUGGUGUUAAGCCCAAGCCCAAGAAGAGCCCCAAGAAGAAGACUGCUGCUAAAGGUGGUAAGAAGUCCCGAACGGACGACGAUGAGUCGAAUGAUGAUGACCUGGUGGAUGAGCUUUUUUAUGGCUUCGAACAGGGUGUUGACAGCGCCAAGCGGGUGGUUCGUGUGGCACAAGUGGCUUCCAGAGCUUUGAAGAAGUAUGGUGUCUCGAUUCGAAUGAUGAUUUUUUAA